GUGCGAUGAGAGCUGCUGUGUAAGUCGUUGAUCCCAGCAUCGGCGACCUUGGUGGGGUUUGACGCUGUGCAGAGCUGCAGGGCGGGAGAUGAUGUCAUUGUGCAUUUUUGGCUGAUCAUGACAUCUCCAUGGCCCAUGGGCAUGCACUGCGCUAGGGCAUUAAUGCUUGGCAUACGAGUAUCGAGAGCCAUCUGUCUUUGUUAAACCAUGACGUGAUAUUUUUAAACUAGCCUCAGCAUCUUGCUGCUAGGGGCCGAGGGAACCUUUGCGCUUCUACCCCACCUGCUAAACUGAUUGCCUUGGUAGGUAGCCUCCUAUCAGUUGAGAUCCCACAUUCCGUCCCAUCUCGACCUGAGCCUGCGCUUAUCAACUGGGCAUGGUGCUGGUUUACUCGCAACUCGAUCAUCCUGUCCCGGAGACGCCAUACAAUAACCCAUGUAUCCAGCUUCCAUGCCCUCGCCAUGUCUAGAAAACCAUCCAAAAAAAAAAAACCUCCCUCCCUGCCCCUGGUCCCAAACGGCUCCUCUAAACACAGAUCGUGCAAAUGCCGCCAUCAACUGAUGCCGUGGGGCCCAUCACCCCACUCCCUGGCCAGCUCCUCCUCGGAGCUGCCAUCAGAAAAUGCAAUUCAUUUCUGGGCUUUCGUGUUGGAAGAGCGGUGCUCAAUAGCGUGUCCGGCUCGAUCGCGCGCCAUAGACCACGGGCCCGCUUGGCCGACAGCCGGUCACGCGGCCCUGGCUGUGAUUGUGGUGGUUCCAACCCCUCGAGCCGGGAUAGCCAACCCGGAGAACGGGCGGCCGGUGUUGGUGGUGGUGGUGGUGAUGGCGGUGGUGCCUUGGAGGGAUGAUUUCCUCCCGGUAGUAGUAGUUCUCUUGGGGGCGGGUGCUGCCGAAGCACAUCUUGACUCGAGGGGGGAGGUAGGUAAAGUUCGAGCGCAUAAGACCCUGCGCCCGCGAUGGUCUGUCAGAAUGCCUUGCCCGAUUCAACUUGGCAAACCUAGUGUCAUCUGGCUCUUGUCAUGCGCCCCCUUGGUCGACAUGACUGAGACACGCAAUUAUGCCCGGAAAAGAACCAUGCCCUGUCCUUUUGCCGCAUUCUCGGCCAGAACACUGCCCAUGCGAUUCCGAGCCAAGCAAGAACCAGUGGGGCGACGUCAACCUGCAGGUUGCUGCAGCCGCGGAAGCGAAUGGAACCAGAUAGGCUAGGCUUUUCAAGGGAAACAGCCUAUCCAUUGAACUGGACCAUUAAUUGUUCUCGAGAGCGUCGGAACAACCUCCGGCGAAGAGCGAGCAACCUAGUUCCAGUGCCAGCGGGGUUGCCCCGAUGUCCACCACUGCACAGCGCCACAGGACUGCGAGGAACCG